UCAUUCCUGCAAAUGGGUCUGCACUCUGCUCUGCUGUGGACCUGAAACUCUCGCUGCUUGGAAAAUUAAAACCUCAAAACUGAAGGCAAGAUAAAAGAAGGGGAAAAAACAAUGGUCUCAGACAACAGCUCUGUCACUUCUUCUAAUCGUUCGCCGGCAUCCAAGUUUGGCAACUCCUUCACCACUCGAAUCUUUUCAGAUGUUGCAGGGGAUAUUACAAUUGCUGUUGAUGGAGAGUCCUUUCUACUGCACAAGUUUCCAUUGGUAUCUCGAAGUGGAAAGAUCAGGAAAAUGAUUGCUGAUGGUAAGGAUUCUAAUAUUUCAAAAUUGGAGCUCCUCGACUUGCCAGGAGGACCUCAGACAUUCGAACUUGCCAUGAAAUUCUGCUAUGGCAUGAACUUUGAGAUCACAACCACAAACGUUGCACCUCUGCGCUGUGCUGCAGAAUAUUUGGAAAUGACUGAAGACUACCGGGAAGAAAACCUUAUUGCACGAACAGAGAUUUACUUGAAUGAGGUUGUAGUUCUAAGUCUUGAGAAGUCUGUGGAAGUCCUUUCUACUUGCGAGACACUACCUCCAAUAGCAGAGGAAGUGGGAAUUCCAAAUAGAUGUGUGGAGGCUAUUGCCAUGAAUGCAUGCAAGGAGCAGUUGGUGUCAGGUUUGUCUCGUUUAGACUGUGCCAGUGAAGCUUCAGAAAUUAAGAGUGGAUGCCUGGAGUGGUGGAUUGAGGAUCUGUCAGUUUUAAGUAUUGAUUAUUAUCAGAAGGUUAUAUGUGCCAUGGGAAGAAUAGGUGUUAGACCAGACAGCAUUGUUGAAUCAUUAAUGCAUUAUGCCCAAGCAUCACUGAAGGGUGUUGGAAAAUAUCAAAGUUGGAAUCCAGUAAGAAUGAAACCAAGUCCUGGCAUUGGAGAAAAUGACCAGAAGACAAUUGUGGAAACCCUUGUAAAUUUAUUGCCAGCAGAGAAGAGCUCUUCCAUUCCUUUGAGUUUCCUUUUUGGGAUGCUUAGGAUGGGAAUUAUGGUGGAAGCUACCAUGGCCUGCAGGCUUGAGCUUGAGAGGAGGAUAGCUUUUCGAUUGGAAAUGGUUUCACUUGAUGAUCUGCUUAUACCAUCUCUCCUCACUGGAGAUUCUCUAUUUGAUGUUGAUACAGUCCACAGGAUACUUGUAAAUUUUCUGCAGCUGAUUGAAGAUGAAGAAAAUGAAGAUUGUGGGUAUGAAUCAGAAGGCCUUGGUUCUCCGAGCCAUGGUUCUUUGUUGAAGGUGGGACGGCUUAUUGACACAUAUUUAGCAGAAAUUGCUCCUGAUCCUUAUUUGAGUUUGCAGAAAUUCGUUGCUAUGAUAGACAUAUUACCCGAUUAUGCUCGAGUUAUUGAUGAUGGGCUUUAUAGAGCAAUUGAUAUAUACUUGAAGGCUCAUCCAAUGCUAAGUGAUCAGGAGUGCAAGAAGCUCUGUAAAUUCAUAGACUGCCAGAAACUCUCUCAAGAAGCCUGCAAUCAUGCUGCACAGAAUGAUCGACUCCCAGUACAGAUGGCAGUUCGAGUCCUAUACUUUGAGCAGCUUCGUCUGAAGAAUGCCCUGUCUGGAAACUCUGGAGAUGGAUUCCUGUCCCAGAAAAUAAGCAGUGGUGUCCCCAGUGCUGCCAUGUCCCCUCGAGACAACUACGCUUCUCUGAGAAGGGAAAACCGAGAACUCAAGCUUGAGAUUUCGAGAAUGAGAGUUAGGCUGAGUGAGUUGGAGAAGGAGCAGAUGUUCAUGAAACGGGGGCUGAUGGAUAAGUCAGGAAGUGGGAAAACUUUCUUUACCUCUCUAUCUAAAGGGAUUGGAAGGAUCGGAAUUUUUAGUGGUCCUGCCGGAGGAAAACGACAAAAAUCAAGCCGGAAGUCACGGGGAUCAGAUGAAACCGGAAGGAGUCGCAGGAAAGGAGAAGUGAAGAGUAUGUUUGGUGUAGGAUUAGAGCGUGGCGGAGGGACACAGAGACCGUUUUACCGAGACUAUUUGGCCAUAUGGGAUACCGUUUAGCUCGACCAAUUGGCACCCAUCCAUGAUUAGUAUUUUAUUUUAUUUUUUAUGGAAAACUUCUGUAAAUCAGAUGUAAACUAGCAAUGAUUAUAUAUGAUUUU